AUGAACUCAGCCUAUCUUCUUCUCCUCAGUAUCGCACAAGUCGAAGCUGAGGUGAUUCGGGCACACCCUGGUAUCCCGGAGUCCCUCGAGGUUAAAACUGGUGGUUGUGCGACCCCUAUCGUGGUGGAUCUGAUACCGAAACCUAUAACACAUCUACUAGAUGGAGCCAUUGAGAUCUGCACAUCAGGAGGCGGUCCAGGGAAGUAUGAUCCGAAGACUAGAAGCUACUUGGCUGAGUUCAAGAUUUCAGACUGCCACAGAGAGUCAAUUCCGGUGCUCUCUGGGCCAGAGCCUCUGGAUGAUGACCCUCGUUUGACUACUCAUGCCUCGCAAACCAACUUCAACCGGAUGCGGUCACGUGUCGAGUUCGGAGCUCAGCGUAAACUAAGGUUAGGCCUAAGCACUAUGGUUGGACGAAAAGCGGGCCGGAAGCCCGCGUUCUGGCAUCGCCAGUGGCCACCCGAAGGGGUGAAGUGGGUGGCACCAUUCGCUAUAGGUGGACAAUAUAAGCAGGAUAUGGCUACUGCUAAAAUUAGGUAUCAACAGCAGCAAGAUCAAUCGCAAAAACUGCGUGCCCAACUGGAUGCUCCUGGCUCGGGUCAACCUGGAUCAGCGAUGGAUAGUCUACAUGGAGUUGGCAGCCAUACUGGAGCUCUGCCGAAUAGACAACGUCGUCUCACAUUGGCCCAGCAGCAGUUGAAUGCUACGACGGGGGGCGUGGGAGCUGCACGUCUUGGUGCUGCAUUCGGUGUGGGGAACACUGCACAGGUAAAAUGCAUUUGUUUUGGUGGAGCUGGCGUUGGUGAUUCUGAGUUCGUCACAUGUUCCUCGUGCUGUCGCAAAAGUCAUUGCAAGUGUGUGAGAGCGGAUGCUGAUGCCAGGGACUUCGUGUGCCCUUUUUGCAGGAUGCUGAAUAUGGACCCGUUCGAGGUUGGCCUGGAUCUUUUGGGGUUUGUGGCGUCUGCUCGGAAUAUGACGGCACCUAGUGCAGUGGAGUCCACUCUGAGUAUGCGGCUCAACGUGACGAGUAAUCAAAUAAGGGAGUGGCAAGCGAAGAAGUAUAAUGUUGCUGUUCGCUGCGUGGCAGUGGCGAAUAAGAGAAGUCAUGUUACUAAUGGUCCUCUUUGGCCGUUGGAGGUGCGAGCAAGUGUGAAUAACUAUCGUGAUGUUUUCCGGAUCUCCCCUGGGAAGUACGGGCAUGUGCGACGAGAAGUGACGAGCAAAUAUAUUGAUGAUGUCCUCCGUCCUAACAACAAUGUUGUACAUAUUACUUAUAAGACUGGUUAUGAUCCUAAUCAGGGCGCACAGUCCGUUGCGGCACAGCCCCCGAGGUUCUUCUUUGGUGUUGUUGUGACUAAGCCUGUGUCACCUGAGGAGCUCUUAGCGAGUGUUGUGAAACCCUCGUUGGAAGAGUGCCGCAGACAAGACCUGGACAUAGUCAUGCUCGGUCGGAAAAGAGCUCGGGAAUUACAAGAUGAAGAUCUCCAAAUUAACACUCGUGAGGUUCACGACAUACUGCAAACUAAAUGCCCGAUAUCGCUAUGCGAAAUAGAGCUGCCGGCUCGCGGAGUUGAUUGUGAACAUUUACAAACUUUCGAUGCGAAGGCGUAUAUAGACAUUAAUAAGUUAACUGCUAACGUGGAUAAACGGUGGCAUUGUCCAAUAUGUUCGAAGCCUUGUUUGCCGAGUCAACUAGUUCUGGACAAGUUCGCUCUGGAGGCCUUGAAGAACGGCCGAGUUGCUGCUGAUACUGCUGCUUCGGAUGACGAAGAAUGGUUUAACAAACGGAUGAGGCUGGACGGACAGGGUCGAUGGGAAGUUCUACCAGAUGAGGACUUGGAGGGCGAGGAGAGUGAAAGUGAAGAAGAUAAGCCUCCGAGUGACGUCCCGAUGCCGCCGGAAACAGCUCCUUCUACUGAUGGUGUCUCUAACCCAGUACUAGGGAGUCCUGGUGAGGAUGCUAGUCCUGAUGCUGCUGCUGCUAGUGAUGGGGAGAAUGUCGUGAGUUUAGAUGACUAGGCUGGAAGAUCUAGAAUGCUCUCCCCAUUCGUGCUACAUAAUACCUAGUUUUAUAGCUACCUCGGGUGUCUACGAUGUCGUAGUAGCAUCACGACUGCGACCACGACGACGACGAUGAGCGAGGAUGUACGUUUA